AUGCAAUCAGUGCACGUUUAAAAAUAGAUUUUUCUUUGGCAAUUUGCUUGUUUUUAUAAAAUCAAAGUGAGAUGUUUGGGCCCAAAGCGUCGGAAGUGUUAACCGCCUGGCUUAGGCAGGCCAAAGAGCCGUCUUGGACUUCGUACUUCGUGAAGUACUCGUCGGUAGUCAACGACCAGAUCGGCAUGUCACACUUCAACUGGCAAGUCGGUACUUCGAACUAUCAUAUAUUGAGGACGGGCUGCUUUCCUUAUAUCAAGUACCAUUGUACCAAACGUCCCUACCAGGAUUUGUCUAUAGAAGACACCUUCAUGGGAAUUGUCAAGUUAAUGAAUCUAGGGAUUCCGACAUUAGCGUACGGCAUCGCGGCGACGAUGAUGAUCACUCAUCGGGAAUUGGUGAAGACAGAAAAGGGGAGCGUUUACGUCUACUUCCUUAUCAGAGAGGAGCACGGCGGCCAAUGAGCUUGGCGCCACUGCAGCAGCUGCCGAACCUCGACCCGGCUCACAAACGACUCUCGUUUGCUUUUCUCGUUCUCUCAAAAAGCUCAAGACGCUUUUCUCGCUUUCUCAGCAGCCCAUUUGAACGUUUCGCCUUAUUCACAACCGCUCUCAGCAUGCCGCCGAAGGGAAAAAAGGCUGCAGCAAAACCCAAAAACGAUCAACCUCAAAAGGAAAAUGAGCAUGACAUUAGCUCCAGUGAAAAGGAAGAUUCUCCCAAGCCGGAAGACAAAGGGGGCAAAGGAAAGAAAAGAGGGGCAAACAAGGCCGAAGAGCCUUCAUCGAAAAAGGCAAAGGUCGAACCUGUGAAAGAUGAAAAACCAUUACUGAAAGAGCUGGAUUUUCACUGUGAAAAGACAACACCAGACGGGAACAAAUGGAACUUAAAGAUAUCCACAUGGAACGUAGCUGGAAUCAGAGCUUGGGUGAAAAAAAAUGGCAUUGAUUACAUUAAAAAAGAAGAUGCAGAUAUUGUCUGCCUACAAGAGACCAAGUGUUCAGAAAGUAAGCUCCCUCCAGAGAUUAAAACCUUGGGAUAUUACACAUAUUGGGUCAUGGGUGAAAAAGAAGGGUAUGCUGGAGUUGGUCUUCUUAGCAAGAAAAAACCUGUAAAAGUGACAUACGGCCUUGGGAAAAAAGAUCACGACAAUGAAGGCCGAUUGAUAACUGCUGAAUAUGAAAAAUUUUAUUUGAUAACUACUUAUGUACCGAACGCUGGCAAUGGCCUGAAAACACUUCCAAAAAGGCUCAAGUGGAAUAGCGAUUUCAAGGAUUAUGUUAAAGAGCUGGACACACAGAAACCAGUUAUUGUCUGUGGCGAUAUGAAUGUCGCUCACGCAGAGAUUGAUCUUGCAAACCCGGCAAGAAAUACAAAGAACGCUGGUUUCACACCGGAAGAAAGGGAAGGCAUGACAGAGUUUUUAAAAGAUGGUUACGUCGACACUUUCCGGCAUUUCUACCCCGAGGAAAAAGGCGCUUACACCUUCUGGACUUAUCUGUCAAAUGCUCGUGCUAAAAAUACUGGAUGGAGACUGGACUAUUUUAUUGUUUCCAAAAGAUUUUUACCUUCUGUAUGUGACAAUGUUAUAAGAAACAAAGUCUAUGGAAGUGAUCACUGCCCUGUAACAUUAUUUGUUCAUGUUUAGAAUAAGUACUUUGAGUGUUUUUAUUGAUAAAUGUUAUGUAAUAAAUGUCUUGUUUGUAAGUUUCGUGUUA